AGUAUACACAAAAUCAGGUGCAAAAACGAAAUCUCCACCGGGAAAUCCGAGCUUGUGAUGUCGCAAGCUAGAGUGUACACUGACGUGAACGUUCAUCGGCCUCGGCAAUACUGGGAUUAUGAGUCUCUCGCCGUUCAAUGGGGAGAUCAAGAUGAUUAUGAAGUUGUUCGAAAAGUGGGGAGGGGAAAAUAUAGUGAGGUCUUUGAAGGUAUAAAUGUGGCAAAUAAUGAAAGAUGCAUCAUCAAAAUUCUCAAACCAGUCAAGAAGAAGAAGAUAAAGAGGGAGAUUAAGAUACUUCAAAACCUUUGUGGAGGUCCAAAUAUUGUGAAGCUUCUAGAUAUAGUUAGAGAUCAGCAUUCAAAGACGCCUAGCUUGGUGUUUGAAUUUGUGAACAACAAUGACUUUAGAACCUUGUACCCAACAUUGACUGAUUAUGAUAUACGCUACUACAUUUACGAGCUUCUGAAGGCUCUUGAUUAUUGCCAUUCACAAGGGAUAAUGCAUAGAGAUGUGAAGCCUCAUAAUGUGAUGAUUGAUCAUGAGUUACGGAAACUUCGGCUGAUAGAUUGGGGGCUUGCUGAAUUCUAUCACCCUGGCAAAGAAUACAAUGUCCGAGUGGCUUCAAGAUACUUUAAAGGGCCUGAACUACUUGUGGGCUUGCAAGACUAUGAUUACUCUCUAGACAUGUGGAGUCUUGGUUGUAUGUUUGCUGGGAUGAUUUUUCGUAAAGAACCAUUCUUUUAUGGUCAUGAUAACCAAGAUCAGCUUGUCAAAAUUGCCAAGGUCCUUGGUACAGAUGAGCUGAAUGCAUAUUUAGAACAUUACCAUCUUGAGCUGGAUCCUCAACUUGAUGCUCUUGUUGGAAGGCACACUAGGAAGCCCUGGUCGAGGUUUGUUAAUUCAGACAAUCAACAUCUCAUAUCACCAGAGGCUAUAGAUUUUCUGGAUAAGCUUCUCCUCUAUGAUCAUCAAAGUAGACUUACAGCCAAGGAAGCAAUGGAAAACCACAAAUCGAUGAGGUUUGUGGUAAAGCGAGGAUUAUACCGCAAUUGUUGACUUUGACUACGCCUAGAUCUGCUGUAAAUCCCUAAAAUUCAGGUACUUUUCAACUGUCUACUGUCAGUGUCAGAUUAGUAUCAUUCAAGAUUACGAUGCCAGGUGUUAACAGAGCUAAGUUCUCACUCCGGGCUAGCAUUUCAUUGGUUUGCUGCCCUCUUUGAUAGUUUUUUUUUACUCCAUAUUAGUUAUUGACUAAUUGCGUCUUCAUAGUUUUGAUGCACGACGUGUAGCUCAAAUUUUGCGUGCUCUUUUUGCUCGGCUUUUAUGAUUUCCUUUCAUCAAUGAGUAAUCUUGAUUCAAUAUACUGUCUUCUCUAUGCAUGCAUUUUGGUAUAUAUAUAUAUGGACAUAUGAUAGACGAAUGUGGAGAUAUGGAGAUGAAGGAGAAGAUAUUUAGGAUAAGAGAUACAAAUAAGCAACUUGUGGAAUUUGGUGUCCAAUCUUAGAUGUGGAAAUGGAAAAUCAAGUUUUGGUUUAUCUACCACUUUAAUGUUGCUUCUGAUGUUCAUUUUCCUCUAAUGAGUAGUGAAAGGGCUGAGAUUGUAAUCUUUCAGAUUGAUUAGUCUGGCAACUUACUACCAAAAUGUCGGUUUCGGUUUCUGACUCUUGUGGACCUUUGGAUUUAGGUUGGCUCUAUCCCAAUCUAGAGAUAUAUUUGAGCUCUCAACAAGAUUUAAUUAGGCUUGAAUUCAUGAAAUAUGGACAGACUAUUGCAUUUGUAUUUUUCAGAUAAUGUGCCGUUAAACUUUUUCUACCGUUACCAGAAAGUAGAGAAAAGAUCUGUAUCAACCGUUUACAUGUAGGAUUAAUUGUGGAGCAGAUUUGGGGAUAUCAAAACAUAUUUCCGUUUGAUGUGAAUUAACUUUGCAGGAGUAGUAGGAGCUGAAGAAUCUGAUCCAGCACAAGUGGUACAUUUCUCACUCUAUCUCCCUCUCUAAAGUCUAAACCUCUUGUUCAAGGAUUCUACAUUUCCAUUUCUUCAUCUGAAAAACCUUGGGAAAACAUAAAUUGUUUUUCUUCCUCAACUUGUAAUGUUUGUAUGUUUGAGACAUCGUAAAAGCUUGAAUGUAAUACAAAGUUAUCUCCUUGUACGGCUGAAUCUCUGGAUAAAGUUAUGAGGAUUUUGGAAUUGAGCUUUAUUAUGCAGCUCUAUGCAUACAUCAAAUAUCUUUGAGCACCGAAGUUAAUUGUUGAGUAACACAUGUGAGAAAACAAUGUAACCUUUGCUUUAUGGUAUUUUUGGAUUCUAUUAGCUCCUAGCACGUUUUUGAAUAUAUUUUUUAUGGGACUGAAUUGUUAUUAUUUGUUUCAUAUGCAAUACUGUUACUAUUUGAUUAAACUUUGUUUUCUGGCAGAAAAAUGACUGCAUGCAUUCAGUGAUUGAGCAUCAUUUCUAUGGAGAGUUCCAUUCAUAGAAAUGUGUCUCUAGUUACUUGUUUGUAUUCAUCUCUGAAAUUUCUUUGUAUUGGCAGAGACUCAAGAACUUAAAAUGAGACUUGUUUGUUUGAUUAUAAAAUAUUUCAAGGGAGCUUAACUUUCACAUAUAUGUUGAUUUGCAAGUUUGAAUACGAGAUGAAUUGUGCCAAGAAUUGUGGCGCAAAAUGCAUCAAAAACUACACGAGCAAAAAAGGGAGAUGGAAGAAAUGAUGAAGUAGUUUAUGACGUCCAAGCAACCCCAACGAUCAAGUCACACUCUUAAUUAUGAUGAUGAGUUGAUAUAUCUCAUGAACUCACUUGGAAACUCGACACUUCAUGUUUAUUUGUUAUUGAUUGAUUGUAUGGUGUAGCUAAAACGUGAUAUUGUGUAUAGGUUCUGAGAAAAAAAUAAAAUGAUGCUAAUACAGAUUCAGAAAGAUUACCAACGGAGGAA